CCGGGAGGGGAGGGCGGCUGGAGCGGAUCCCGGCCCGUGCCGCCCGCAGAGCCGCCUGCCCAGCGCCCGGGCUGGGAGGCGGCUGCUGCCGGUGCCGCGGGACGGGGAGGGCGGUGUGCAAUCGCACGGCUGUAGGCAAGAAACUCGCAGUAGAAAAACAAGAAACCCACAAAGCUCUCCUUCAUCUCCGCAUUCUGAAAUAAAAGUUAAAAGCAAACCCCGUAUGGACAAAGGAGAGCUGCUGAGCUUCAGAUUUCUUUGCUAAGAAAGGAAGUUUCUUCUGCCUUCGCAGCCUCGAUCUUGGCUUUUCUUCAUUUUCUCCUACGUGCAUUCUAUAAUACUACUUAGAAGAAUACGUGGAAUACACUCUUAAAAGAAGCAGUAGAACAGCUUGACCUAUUACAGAACCAUGGUUAGACUAACAGUGGACUUGAUUGCUAAAAAUGCCAGUCACAAGUAUCGUAGUGAAGACGACUUUGGACAAUAUCUACAAAAAAUAACUCAUCUGAAUUUGUCAGAUAAAAACAUAGAUUCAAUUGGUGACCUCUCUUUCUGUAAAAAUCUGAGAGUUCUGUAUUUAUAUGAUAACCACAUUAACCAAAUCCAGAACUUGGACUUUGCUUCAAAUAUAACGCACCUUUACCUCCAGAACAACCGUAUUUCAAGCAUAGAAAAUCUCUCAUCACUGAAAAAACUUGAAAAGCUGUAUUUAGGAGGCAACUAUAUCACUGUAGUAGAGGGUUUGGAUAAAAUAGGAGAACUAAGGGAGCUACAUGUUGAAAGUCAACAUCUCCCUCUUGGUGAAAAGCUUCUGUUUGAUCCAGUAUCUCUUAACUCCCUGGCAAAAUCUUUGUCUGUAUUGAAUAUCAGCAAUAACAACAUUGAUGAAUUAGAAGAACUUGCAGUUUUGGAAAAUCUUUCUUAUCUUAAAGCAGUUGACAAUCAACUUAAACAUAUGAAGGAUUUGGAGGUUGUAUUAAAAAAAUGGACAAAGCUACGCAGAAUAGACCUUACAGGAAAUCCCAUCUGCCAAAAACCAAAGUACAAGGAUAGGAUUAUAGUACAGUCACUGACUUUAGAAUCCCUUGAUGGGAAAGAAAUUCAAGAAAUGGAAAGACGUUUCUUAAUGAAUUGGAAAGCCUCCAGAGCUGCCAGGAAAAAAAGCAAUGAAAGAAUGACAGAUGAACAUGCAGCCCAUGUACAAUCUUCUGACUCUGAAACACCUUAUCUUGCUCUUCCUUCUCAUCACAGUGACUCUGUGAAAGAAAGAAUAAAUUUUUUAGAUUUGGCUCACAAGGUGAAAGUUGAAAGAAAGCCUAUGCCAAGAAUCCGUGAACGAAGAAGUCAGAUGAAAAGAAGUCAGGUAUAAAGCAGUAUACAGCACUGCCUGCGAUACAGCUUAAAAAGCCAUGCAGUUCAAAAGUUCUGAGAUAGAUGGGAAAAAAAUAGACAGAAAACUGUCAGUGUUCAAGAUGUGCCCACUGAUUCUUCAGGAUGAGGAUUCAGAUGUGAUCUGUUAAUAUGGGAUAGUAUGUGAUUGUAUUCAGAGUAUAACUGAUUAAAGUUAAGUGCAACUGAAAGGCUCUCUUCCCUGUUUUUCUUACGAUUUUUUUAUCUCAGUGUGGUGUGUAAAGUAGCUAUCCUGACUAACAGAGCUCUGAUGCAAAAUGAUUAAUUAUGUGAACCUAAUUAUUUACAGCCACAAAAUUAUAAAUGCUAUAUAUUGUAACUGGAAACAAUACUUUUUACUUUGCUAGGAAAAAAAAAACGAGUGAAAAUUUAUUUUAAUUUACUUGGCCUUGAAGAAUUCUAGGAAUUCACUGUUAAAAAAGUGGUAUUUGAACCUUACCUCUUCAAUCAAACAACACUGUAACCAGAGACUACAGAAAUGACUGACUACAUCUUUCUGUUCUCUUAAUUCUGUGCAGAAUUAAUUGUUGCACCA